UAAUGCAUAUGCGCAGUACUGUUCACAGAUGAAGUAGCAGAUUCCUAUUUGUUUCCUCUGGAAACGACUUUGAAUUAAGAAUAACGAUUUAAUUAUAUUUCAUCACGCAAUGAUCAAAAUUUUGUAAUUGUAGACUAAAAUGAAUAUCUGGAAUACCUUAGCCGAAAGAAAGAACCUAAACGAUUUAACACUAAAAGUGGUUGUUUCCAGUUGGAUCAAUGUUUGCCAUUGUUAGGAAUUUGCGUUAUUAAUGAAAUGGAGACUGAUACACAAACAUGGUUUUUGAUUUUGAUGUGAAAACUUACGUACAAAACUUAAAGGCCACAAAACCACCUUAUGAAUGCCCAGUGAAAGAUUGUGGUCGUGUCUAUAAAAGUUUCUGUGGUAUCCAAUUUCAUUUAUAUAAUUUUGAUCAUGAAAACCCAGAAAAUGUUGUGCCUCCUACUCACUCCAACAAGAAAGCAAAGCGUAAGAAUAAAUGGCACCAUCGGGCUAAUCGAAGGUCGCCAACACCUCCUGAGUUUUUCCGGACUCAAUCCAGAGACACACUAUCUUACGCUGAUGCACAGAGAUUGGUGGAAGUGGACUUAGAAGGAAAGGUUCAUCGCAUCAAUAUUUAUGAGCCUUUGGAAAUUAUCUCACAGGAUGAGAUUGACAACCAGAGCAAUGCUGAGAAGGAAGAAAAAGGUGAAAAAUCACCCCAAAAGGUGAAUAACAAUAAACACCCUGAAAAUCAAAAAUUAAAAAAGGAGGUGAGCAAUGGACAUGUUGCUAUUAAAUUACCAGAAGCCCAAUUCAAAGUUGUUGAAGACUAUGUAAAACCGUCGAAUGUUCGUCCUAGGCCUCUGUCCUAUUAUCGAUACAUUGAGAAAUCGUCAGAGGAAUUGGAUGAAGAAAUAGAAUAUGAUAUGGAUGAAGAGGAUCAUGCUUGGCUAGAAAUUAUUAACGAGAAAAGACGGAAUGAUAGUCUUCAGAUAAUUACUCAAGAAGUAUUUGAAAUUUUGAUGGAUCGAUUUGAGAAAGAAGCUUUCUUUCAGAGUCAGAGUUCUGGGAAGGAUAACAAUCCGUCUAUUGAUGAAGACGCAGUCUGUUCAAUUUGUAUGGAUGGGGAGUGCCAGAACAGUAAUUACAUUUUGUUUUGUGAUAUGUGUAACCUUGCUGUUCACCAGGAAUGUUAUGGUGUACCGUAUAUUCCUGAGGGCCAGUGGCUCUGCAGGCGUUGUCUUCAAUCACCUUCUAGAGCAGUAGAUUGCUGUCUCUGUCCAAACAAGGGUGGUGCUUUUAAACAAACUGAUGAUGGUAGGUGGGCUCAUGUUGUAUGUGCUCUCUGGAUACCUGAAGUUGGAUUUGCUAAUACUGUAUUCUUAGAACCUAUAGAUAGUAUAGACCAUAUUCCACCUGCCAGAUGGAAACUUACUUGUUACAUUUGCCGACAGCGCGGAACAGGGGCAUGCAUUCAGUGUCAUAAAACCAAUUGUUAUACUGCCUUCCAUGUGACUUGUGCCCAACAAGCAGGCUUAUAUAUGAAAAUUGAACCUGUACGUGAUGUAGUAAACACUGCUGCGCUUGGGGUGCGCAAGACAUCUUAUUGUGACGUGCAUACACCUGCCGACUCGGAAUGUACACCUAUGUUAAGUGAUGAAAACGAUGAAAAAUCACCUACUGCCAAGCAUGCGAAAGCUAAAUCGCGUAUUAAAAUGAGAAAAGCUCGGAAGAUUUUAGCUGAGAAAAGAAAUGCUCUACCUGUAGUGUCCAUACCUACCAUUCCACAACAAAAAAUAACCAAAAUUUCUGGCAUAAUUACUUUACAAAAGAAGCAGCAGUUUUUGGCACGACUCUUAAGUUAUUGGACUUUAAAACGUCAAUCUAGGAAUGGUGUUCCACUUCUGCGAAGACUUCAGUCCAAUCAUAUGACUCGGAAUAAGGAACAAACAAAGAAUGAUAAGCAAAGCAAUGCUUUACGAGCACAACUGAAAUAUUGGCAGAGGCUUCGGCAGGAUCUUGAAAAAGCUCGUCUGCUGGUGGAACUCAUUAGGAAACGAGAAAAGCUGAAAAGAGAACAGAUAAGAGUACAUCAAUUAGCCACAGAAAUGCAGUUGCAGCCUUUUGUUAUUUUCUUAAGACAUGCACUAGAUCAAAUUCAAGAGAAAGAUGUGGGAAACAUUUUUGCUGAGCCUGUAUCUCCAAAUGAGGUCCCAGACUACUUGGAAUACAUUGAACACCCCAUGGAUUUCUCGACAAUUAGGAAGAAAGUCGAUGGCCACAUUUACAAAACCAUUGAUGAAUUUCAAGCAGACUUUGAACUUAUGAUAAAGAAUUGCUUAACAUAUAAUGCUAAGGACACAGUCUUUUAUAGAGCUGCUGUGCGGCUUCGAGAUCAGGGGGGAUCCAUAGUGAGAGCUUGCAAACGAACAAUUGAGAAAGUCGGUUAUGAUCCUGAAACAGGAUUACACUUAACUGAAGCUCCAAAGUCUCAAGAUAAACAACCUGUUGUUUUAGAGAAAGACUUUGACAGUUUUCUACAAGAUGUUAAGGAAGACAUGCCACUGAAAGAGCAAUUAAGUUUGCUGCUGGACAGAAUGGACAUGACAAACAGCAUACCUCACGGCGGCAAGCGCUCUAAAUUUGCAAAGAGAAUUAAAAAAGAGAUAAUAAAAGUGCGGCGAAGACUCGCUCUACAAAGAAAUAUUUGUUCCAGUGAGAAUGAAGAUCCUGCUCAGGGAACUGAACCUUCAUCAGAAGGACUCUCAGCAAGUUCUGAAAGUGGCCCUGUAUUAUCAGUUAAGCAAACUUCCCAAACAUGUUUACGAUCAGACUCAUCAUCUUCCAUGGCAACAGUAUCUGCCCCACCCUCAUCCAAGCCCACCUCACCUCCUCUGGUCAAAUCGCCUGCAUCAUCUCCUACAUCAGCUGCAACUACUGCAUCAGAAAAGACUUCCUCAGUGCCAUUGAAACCUACUAAGCCUACAGCAGGUCGUCGGGGCCGAGGCAGAUUACGGGCACGUAGCAGCCGUAGUGAAUCUGAAAGUGAUGUAUGUUCUUCCCGGCGGGAGUUAGGAGGGGACGCUAAAACUUCUAAUGACACUUCUCAAACUGUUGCCACUUCUGCCCAGUGUUGUGAAUCUAAGGCUUCACCAACUCCUGUUACUCCACCAAAUCCAACUGCCCAUGCUCCUAUUGCUGGAGUCAACCGACGGACUGCAGUGCUCUUCACUAAGAAGUUAAAUAAAACAAUGACUCCUUCAGCAGUGAGCACGCCACAGCGUAAGGGCCGUCCUCCUCGCCUUAAAAGCCAGCUAGAUCUUCCAGACAAUUGUAGCACCCAAACAUUUCCAGGACCAAAUAGCAAAGGAACUGGUGGUAGUGGUAGCAGUGGCAGUGGUGGCAGCAGGGGUGGUAGUUCCAGUAGUAGUGGAAAUGUAAGUAGUGUCACUAGCAGCCAAAAUAACACCAGCAGUAACAACACCAACAAUAACACCAACACCACUAAAGCUAGUAGUGGUGUCACCAGCCCGGUUUCUGCAAGCAGUGGACGAAAAAGAACAGCUUGUUCUACUAACAUAGGGAACCUAAAUGUUCGUGACAUCCAGCCAACACCACCCAAACGAGGAGCUGUGUCUGUGGCCUCUGAUCCUGCACACUCUAAUAUGUCAAAUUCGGGUGAUUCCACUUCAAACCUUUUGCCAAAAAACAGCUUUACUCAGUACCGAAUUGAUCCAACAAACAGUUUUUCAGAAUCGGACAGCACAUCGGACAUCAGCAGCAGUGAUGAGUCUUUGUCUGACAGUUCUAGUGGGCAAUCAAGUAGCCAGAGUAGAUCAGCACGUGCUCAUCGAAGCACAAGUUGUGAUUCUGAUGACAUCAUUCCGUUAGAGCCGCUUGAUUUAGUGUGGGCCAAAUGUCGAGGUUAUCCCUGGUAUCCAGCACUGAUAAUUAAUCCCAAAAUGCCAAAGACUGGUUAUUUUCACAAUGGAGUUCCAAUUCCAGUACCUCCAGAUGAAGUUUUGGCUUUACAAAAGAAAUAUGAUGAACCAGUUUACUUAGUGUUGUUCUUUGAUACUAAAAGAACUUGGCAAUGGUUACCAAGAAAUAAGCUUGAACCUCUUGGUGUUGACUCAGGUUUGGACAAGGCCAAACUAACGGAAAAUAGGAAGCCAAAUGUUCGCAAAGCUGUUAGAAAAGCAUAUGAAAAAGCAAUUCUUCAUCGUUGUAGUGUGACUGGUGAUCCUAAUCCGUUGUCUGGGGAUUCCAGUACUGAAGACUAACAAGAUAUUGGACUAAUAAUAUAGCUUCCCUAUAAUAAUAAACUGGCUUAUAUGGCCAAAGGGCUGUUUAUUUUAAUAUUGCAAUUUUGGGAGCUAUCUUUACUGACCAUCCACAUGGCUGCUAUAUGUAAGGUCUUAAUUUAUAACUAGCCACCUUCUGUUGUCACUCUCUUCUCACCAUUUCUUUCCCCCUCCUUCUCCCCUUCCUCCUUUUUUUCUUUCUAAAGAUUCAUUCCUUUUUUUUUUUUUUUCUCUCUCUCUCACCUAUUCUUUUCAAAUAGCACAGAUGCUGUCUGCUGUCUGAAUAGUUAUGAGAGUUAACAGAAGUCGCAGUGAAUAUUGUUUUAUAAAUAUUUGAGAAAUAUUGUAAAUAUUUUUCCAUGUAGUCCAUUAUAUCAAUUGUUCAUCGCCAUCUCAUCAAUGAGUGCUCGGUUAAAUGUUUAUCCUGUUGGUCUUACAUAAAUGGCCCAAACGUUUUCUGCUUCUUGACAUCUGCUCAUCUUAUCUGCUAUUUUUUAUUUUAGUUUUUCACUUGCAUACACAUACAUUUUACCUUUAUAAACAUACACACACAUACAUAUAUACUCUAGAGUUCCUUAGUUUCUUUCAGCCAUCAUGUCUAAGGCCAUACUGUGGUUAUAAUUGUGUGUGUGUAUGCAUAGUGUGUAUACAUGUUUGUGUGUGAAUCUGUGUGUAUUAAUGAAUGUGUGAAUCUAUGCAUGUUUGUAUAUACGAUGAUGGUAUAUGUAUA